AUGGAGUACUUAGACGGAAGUGAUAAUUACAUCGAAGUUGUCAGUUGUCCACUCUCCGUGAUUCGCGGUCCGGGCUUGGCGUUGGUGGGCGUGGGUCAGCUGCUCAACUCUGCGACCUUCAAAACCAUCGGCGCAAAGGGAGUUUACUACGGGUCGCAGCUUGGAUAUGAUGUGCCAUGGGCAACGUCAUUUCCUUACAACAUCGGCAUUAGUGAUCCGCAGUACUGGGGCGUCAUCUGCUCUGUCUGGGGCUUCUACCUUUGUGUAGCUCCCUCUGGCGACCUUUUGAACCAGCACUUUGUCGUCCCAUGGCUGGAGACCUUUUGGUACUUUAUGUCUAUGAAGCUCCUCGAGCACAAGGGCAACGGUGGCCGCCUGCUUCGCGCCCUUGGCUUCGAGGCACACAGGGCAAAAGGUGAAAUGAGCUUCCCAGCCUACAACAGAGGCGGCUGCGGACGGGUCCCUUUGCAGAUCCCGAUGCUGCCGGCUGGGCUGCAAUUAAUUUACGACAACAUCGUUGGGUUGGCCACGGCCGGGGUGGUGACCGUCCUUCCUUCGGCAGAAGAGCUGGCGGAAGGUCUGUCGCACUUGGAUCUUCCUCCCAAAGACGAUGCCGAACUGUCAGCAUGCCUCUGGGUUCUGGAGGGCGCUCUGGGUGAGUGCCCUGCCCCGAGCUUUGAAGAGUUCCUCAUGAAAGCUACGGACAUGAGCCACUCUCCAACUGCAUCGCUUGGGACGAAUCUGUCGUCUGACCGACCGGACUGUCUUCAGCUUGCACAAGGUGGGAGCAAAGGAUUCCCAUCUCCUCAAAGCUUCUUCUCGUCGGACGACAACGACGAGGACGAUGCCCAAGAAGAUCAAGACCGAAACAGAGCGAUGCAAACCUUGCGGUCAUCACUGCAGUCGUCACUGCGAUCAUCACCUCCGCCUGUCCAGCUUACCUUUCCAGAGAAGGGAGACUUGGUGUCUUUGUUGACCGACGCGGUGGAGCAGAUGAGCUUGUUGCAACGAGAGGUCAAGUCGAGCAGCGCGCUCAAGCUUUCAAGCUUCAUCCAGGACCUCCUUGCUGCUGCGCUGAAUCAGGCGCAGGAGCUGGAGCGGAACUUGGCCUCAGCGGUGGAGGGAAUUCGGAAGAGCAGGGAGCUGGUGCAGCAGAGUUGGGACUAUUCCAAGAACUUGCUAGCGGAACUUAGCCGAGCUGAGGCAGAAAGUCAAGGCUGGCAUGCCAAAUGGACAGCGACCUUUUCAGACCUUGAGGCACUGCGACGCAAGCAGGCCACCAUCCUCGCGCAGGCAAAGGCUCAAGCCGCAUCUCUGCCAGUGCCCCGGACGGAGAGCGUGUUCCGUGUCCUCUCAAGCCCGCUCAAGCUUCAAGCUCUCUUGGCCGUGUUUGUCGCAUGCAGGCUCCUCAGUCGCGGGUGGCGCUCUGCUCAUCACCCGACUCUGCCCUCUGGAGACUUCAAGACUAGAUUCAGCGAAGCACCGUUCGAGAUCUCGGACAAGAUCUUCACACCGACCGUGAUGAACGCCAGCAUCGGCAGCAUCGUUUCGGGCAUCUGCAGCUUUCUGCCAGAUGCGGCGGCGGCGUGCAGCGGAGAUGGACAAGGCGCAGGAAAGCCAGCCACAGUGCCAACGGUCUACGGCACCGAAGUGCCUGCUGGCUCCUCUGGUGAAGCGACGGCCACUCGCAAAGUGGCCAAGGCCAAGCGAAGGACGUUAGCCGACAAGUCAGCGCGAUCGGAUGCUGCAAAACUCUUGGAAACUUUUCCCGCAGCGGGAACUGCUGACCUCGGCAGCAUCAGCGGAACCUGCGUUGACGAUCCGGUUCCUCCCGGCGCCCGUGGCCUUCGCACCAUUGUCGUUGAGGAGGCAAUCCUCCAAGACGAUCAGCAACAGUUGCUGGAUGCACCUCUUCAGCUUGCAGAUUGCAAGGGCGCCAGCCAGACGGCAUCGUCGUGCUGGAGCUCGCUUUGCUGCGGUGGAGCGGGACAAACUUACGACUCCAAAUCUGUCCCGGAGGACCUCCGUCAUUUGCCCAAGAAGCGAUUGGCGGACGCCUGGGAAAUGUUCAGUACCAUCGACUCGGAUGGUGACAUGGAAGUAGACAACGCAGAGAUCCGGAUCUUCCUGUGCUUCCUCGCGCUUCAUCUGGAGCCUGAGCGAUGCGCCAGCCUGGUAAAGCUACUGGCAGAGAUUGGCUUGCCGGACACAGCCGGGGAGUCAGACUGUGCGGCAAUCCUGAAACGCGAGGAUCCGGUGGCCGUUGUUACAUCAGGUUGGGUUCGAUGUUUUGGGCAUCACCCUGUCUCGUCCAGCAUCGCUGGGCAGCUCAGAAAGAGUCAGGCAGGGAAGCCUGCUCCCGAAACAAAGCGGCUUGAGGCACAGGACUUUUGGCAGUUUUUGCGGAAGGAAGAGGCCUGGCACUCGCAAGGCAUUGAUGUCGUCGAAGACUUCUGCACGGAGAGCCAACGUCUGCGCUGGGGCUGCCUCCGGCGCCAUGCUUGGCUGCUGGACGGCCUGAGGAGGAAGAACCUUAGGCAAGGCAUGGAGCGAUCCCUAGGCUUGAGGAAGACGCAGGUGGACCCUGUCUCCGUGGCAUUGAACACAUUCGGAGCCGUGGCAGGCUUCAUCGACUUGUUGACAGACGUGGCUCUGUUGGUGACCGUGCUCCAGAAUGCCUCAGCUUGCCAGGGCUCUUCGCUCGCUGACUGCCAAGGCUAUGGCUACAUGACACUGGCUGUAACUCUGACGCUUUGCAUCUGGGCCCCUUACCUCAUUGCGUACAGUCAUGUGGUGGUGACCCUUCAUGAUUCGGGUUUCUUCGCUCAGAACCGCCAUCCCCUGCUCGGCAUAGUCUUGGUGAGCUGCUUGGGGCCCUUUUACAUGCUCUUCUCGGAGCUUCUACUCAUGGUGAAGAGCAUUUGCUGGGACCCAGUGUCCUGUUUGCUGUCCGAUGCCAUGGCCUGCAGGGCAGAGCUCUUCUGGCAUCAGCUCUUCGAGAAUCUCGGUCUCGGGGAUGCCCAGGGCUGUGCAAGGCAACGCUCCGUUGCACAGCUGGUUUUCGAAACCAUCCCCCAGCUAUUCGUCCAAGCCAUGGUGGUGGAGGGCUUUAUUCCAACUGGCGCCUUGCUGGUAUCCGCCAAUCGGGUCACCGUGAUUCGGUCCAUCACCAUGUCCUGCCUGAACUUGAUCAGCCAGCUGUUACGAAUGUGGAUUGAGUCCGCGGUGGUGGAGGAGUCCUUCACUCGCUACACCAUGCUGAGCAUGCUGGGCUGCCCGGGCUGGGUGCCCUUCCUGGAGCAAAUCAAGGGUGCAGCUUUCAAGACGGCCACAGUCUCCAAUCGUCGGCUGAUUCCCUUCGCCGAGCUCUCGGGUGCUUUGCCAGGGCACAAGUGGACCGGCCUCCGGCUAGCCAUUCCUUUUCGCUUCUCCACUCGUUCUGCGCAGCAGAUGAUCCAAGAAUUGGGGCUGAUGCCAGAAGGAGACGGCCAUCACAUGAACUGGGAAAAGCUGACGCAGCGCGGUCAACCCACUCUCGAGCUGUUCCAGGCGAUUCCAACAGCUGAAGAGCAGACCUUGGCUCAGGUCCAGGAAGCUGCAAGAAUUGCUGCCUGCAACAUAAUCGCGUUCAACCAGGACAAAGCAGACUGGAGCCUUCACAAAGAUCGAGAGGGAUUUUGCCCAGGCCACACCGGGGUCUACGACUACUGGGUUGCCAAGGACUGGAGCCAGCUGGGCAUGUUUGGUGAUGGUGGCUCAAGUACCAUGCCCUUCAAAAUACGUCUGGGAAGUUCUUGUGAUCGCCUCUGCUUGCAAGAUAUCGUGCAGCUGCUGCUGCUAUCCCGCAGCCGCAUAUCCAUGGAUUUUCAGCACGUGGACUGGGACCGCGCCCUUGUUGCAUCUGAGGAGGCUGGCCGACUUGAAUGGAAAGAGAAGGUUUGGCGUGCCUGUCUGGCCGACGGCGAGCCAGUCUUGAAGCGCUGCCUGCUGCAAGGCUCCGGAUGCUCAGAGGAGAAGAGGUCGCGGUUUGACCUGAUGUACCUUGGAGAGGAGCUCUUGAAGCGUCGGGCUGACCCCAAUGCGAUUGAUGCCGACUACCAGCCGCUCUUGUUGGCGUGUGCCAUGCGAGGCCAGGUCUAUGCUGCGAAACUGCUGCUGAGCUAUCAUGCAGAUGUGAACUCACCCAUUCCGGACGGUCGAACAGCUCUGUGCGAUGCCAUCCGCAAGCGGCAGCUCGAGCUGGUGAGUGAGCUAAUUCACCUCAACGCAGACACAAACCUCAAAGCCCACUCUAGACAUGAUCCUCCGGACGAGCUGUUGUCUCCCCUGGGACAUGCGUGUCGGAGUAUGGCUCAGGCAUGUGCAGCCAUGGCCUUGGAACGGCCAGGGUUCUGUUUCGGUAUGGUUUCUGCCGCCUGUGGCAGUCUGAUCGAAGUGAUACAGUCUCAUGCGGAGUUGCCAGAAGCAGAGACAGCAGAAGCCAUCUCCUGUGUCUCGGCCACUUUAUCUGCUCACCUCAGUCAACAGCGCGACGAGCACGCGUAUGCCAACAACUUGAAGGCAGAGCUCCAACAUGCUUUGGAGGCCCUCGUCAAGAUCCGCCCGCUUGACUUGUUGCAGUGGCAACGGGAGGAUGGUGACACAGUGCUGCACUUGGUGUCCAGGGCUGCGCCAUGUCAACGACACACUGUGUCAUGGCUGAAGGCAUGGCUUAAACCGUUUCCGGAUGAGCAGCUGAGUGAAUACACGCAGACCCUAAACAGAGCUGGAAGCACAGCUUUGGAAGAGGCCCUCCGAGCUUGCAAUCGAUGCGAUGAUUGUGGCAAUCGAGAGGAGACGCUCGUAGCUUGGCUGCUCGUCCAGUUGGAGCAGACCGAUGCUGGUCGGCUGCAAAACCUGGAAGAAGCCUUCAAGCAGACCUUGAUCAGCUUAUCUCUCCACCCCAACGGCGGGAAGGCUGCCUCCGACGUCGAGGUUUUCGUCCGGCAGUUCAAGAGCCAGCUGGCACAGAGUAUUUGUGUAGCAUCGCUCAACAAGGCCUUCGCCUGCAUGGCAGCGCAGAAGAAGACGGGAAGCUGCCUCAGCCUUGCGGCCAGAACCAAGGAGCUACUCUCCCCCGAGCACCGCUCCCAUGCGAAUCAGCUGGAAGAGGCGAAGAAGCCGAAGCACAACCAGACUCCAGCAGCCUCUAAGCAGCUGAGAGGUGGCACCAAGCUGCUGGAGUUCCGCGUCAGAGGCAGCAAGCCGGGCAGAGAGUUUUCCGCCGAGAUCGGCGUGCUGGGUAACGGUGUAUCCGUCAGAGCACAGGUUGCGAAACGAGAUCAGUUGCCCGUGGAAUGGAGAAAAUAUUGCGUCUACGCCGCGCAGGUUAUUCUCGAAUAUCACAACGACGAGGGUCCCGAGCACAACAUCUACCUCAAUGCGGCAGUGGGGGUCCGCCUCCUUGGUCAGAACGUCCUGCCAAAUGCUGAAAUUCCUGGAGUCGGUUGGGAUCGGAACAACCCCAGAUGGAGGUGGCUCCAAGAGAACGGUAACUUGCACUGGACAGCGAAGUACGUGAUGGCUCUGGCGCAUCGACGCGAAGAAGCCGCCUGUAAGCGGCUCCUGGAAUUCGGUGUCAGGGGUUCGACACCUGGGCGUCGUUUCUCUGCCAGCCUCUUGUUCCAGGACGACAAGGGCUGGGAAGUCUGCAGCCUCAUACUCUUGGAUCAGAUCUCCUUGCCGACGGAGUGGACUACUUACUGCUUUGACGUAGAGCAAGCUGCCUUUACUUACCACAACGAUGCAGGUUCUGACUUUGACAUCCACAUCGACACAGCGAUGGGAGUGUGCCUCUUAGGUCAAGACGUCCUGUCAAGCGCCGUCAGCGUGGACAGCGGCUGGGCUCCCGACGAUGAUAGGUGGAGGUUGCUCCGAGAGCGCGGGAACUUGCACUGGCAAGGAAGGUACGAGAUGAGGCCCUCUUCAGACACUUCGUUGCAGCCGGUGCAGCCAGGUGCAGAGAGGCGACCGAAGAGGCAUGUGCUCCUCGCACGCCAGGCCUUCGCCAAAGCCACCGUGCGUCCUUCAGAGGAGAGGCUGAAGCUUUUGGUUCAAAGCAUCACCUGCGCCUUGGAGAUCGUCUCCUCCGCGGAUUUUGUGACUGACGUGUUGUUGGUGAGGCAGCUAUUUCUGGGCCACAAUGUUUGGUGGACAAGUUUGUCGAUUAUGAUGAUGGUGGCGCCGUAUCUUGUGGCUUUCUCCGCCACUCUUCGCCUUGCCAUGCGUAGUCGCAUCUUCGAGCCAACAGACAACACAGGGAAGCCUCAGUCCCAUGCAACUCAACGGACAGUGGCAGCGCUGGUUUGCAUGACGCCGCUGUGUGUUGGACUUUUCAUUCUCAUUGACAUCGUUUACUCUGUAAAGGCCGUGACUCUGGAUGUUGUGUUGAUCCUUAGGGAUGCUAUGUCACGGGGUGGGACCCGCGACUCUUUCCUAGAUGGCGCCGUCGACAAGUUUCUGUCGACCCGCCUGGGGCUGACAACAAUGGACAUCGAAGGCUACAGACGCUUGAGGACCAUGUCACAGCUUGUUUUCGAGUCAUUCCCGCAGAUCGCUCUCCAAGUACGGAUCCUGGCAGCGGAGGGAAAUGCUGAUGCUUUGGACAUUUCGACGAACCAGCUUCUCGUCUCGCUGUGCUUCGCAGUUUGUCAUGCGCUGGUCACCUGCUGCAUUGUUUGGUUGGAAGCCCAAUCCUGCGGAGAGUCGUUGAUGCACUACUCCAUCACGUGCUUGACAGGGCGCCUGGGUUGGGUUCCGUUUUCCGAGAUGCUGCUAGCAUCCAGAGAGUCCACACUCUUCAAAUUUGGAGACUUGGGUCGGGACACCCCUUGUGGGCGCUUCACCAUGAGCUUCCAGUUCAGCCAGGGCACUUGGUGGCGGCUCUUGGAGAUCAUUUCACAACUCACUCCUCAAGAGGACAAGAUGCACAGCAUUGAGUUUGGACCUUCAAUUGCCCUCUUGAAGCUGGAGGAUAUCUUGCACCUUCAGCAGAGCUUCGGCUCAAAGGUAAAGGUUGCCAUGAGUGGAGAGCGCUAUGAGGUUCCUUGGGAGUCCAUUUUGUAUAACUCUGGCCUCACGGCUCGGAGAAAAAACCAGAUCCAGGAGUCCCAACAGGCAAGAGCAAACGAGUUGCUGCAGCAGUUCGCACAGGUCGGGAACGUGGAAGCUGCUCGUGCCCUCUUGCAUGCGGGCACACGUACUGGGGGCCUCACUGCCAGAGGCGCUAUGCUUCUCACAGAAGCGGUCACCGAGAAAAGCGCGAGAAUCUGCGAGCUACUCCUUGAUUACGAUGCUCCGCUUACCCCAGCCCAGCUGUCUGAGGAGGACAGAGCGGCAGACAAGAUCUACGAAGAGAACCUUCGAGUCAGGAGCACUUUGGAGCCGCCAUUGGAGGCGGCGCUUCGCAUAAAAGACGUGAACAUGUUAGCUGUGUUUUUAACACAUCCCCGCAUUCAAGUCACGUCUGAGUGGCGUGGAGAUAUGCAGCAGCUGGCAUUGGAUUUCUUCCGAGAUGCCGAGAGGGACGCGUCCACGCAGCACGACAGGGAGUUGAAGGUGGCGCAGGCACAGACCCUUGUUUGCCUUGCCGGCGGCAUUGAGGACUUCGCGAAAAGCGCCCAAGACCAGCAGGUGAACAACGCUAUCCUCUGGGUAGAGGAUGCCCUGAAGAAGAGUGCGAAAAUCGCCACUGUUCACUUCAAAGAGCGACAGGUCGAUGUUUCAGUUUCCAUUCUGGAGUGCUUCGGGAUCUUCCGUGAGAAGCUUACUUCCUCUGCGAGGUUCCCUCUAGGACAUCAGGGCAAUCUUGAAGACCCAAACUUACGGAAGUUCCUGAUACCCAGCGAUGACGUCCGGGAGUUGCACAUAAACAUGCGGCCAAUUCAGGAAGCGGGCAGCCUGCCGGACUUCAAUGCAGAUACCUUUGAGCAACUGACGGUGGCCAUCGGAAGCGGCACACACACCCCACCCGCGGAGCUGCUGGAGUCCUUGGAUGCCCUGACAGAUGCGCUCGGGUUGAGCCUUCGAAUGCACGACUACCUGGUGAACACGUUGCCAUUGAGGACACUUAGGCGAUGCGUAGUGUCGCAAUCGGAGCGAGUGGAUUUGGACUUCCGGAACAAGGGCCGUGCCGCGAUUUUGGCAAACCUUACAUUGCCGGAUGACUGCUGGAGGAUCGCUCGGGUGGUUGCACGCGGCAGGUGGCGUGAUCAGGGCUGGGGAAACACUCGCUGUAACAAAGUGGCCCUGCGAGCAAGUACUCAGCGAGCGGGACGCCUGGAUGUUCACCUCCAUUCCAUUGACUGGCAUCUUGAGGCGUAUCAUAACACCCCCUUCAACGAAGAGGUGGAGCUUGCGAUUGACCAGGAUGAGUGUCGUGGCACCGACCCUGACACGAAGAAAGGGUUGUCUUUGCUGGAUGUUAUGACGGCUGGCGAUGAGCUUGAAGUGACAGUUUUUUGUGUCGGAUGGUCGGGCCAUGAAGCCCAUGCAGAAAACACUGAGCUCGAAGUUCACUACUUCUGA